CUGUAGCCAUACUGUACCUGUGGAGAUACAUGUAACUGACAAGCGAGAAGGCUUGCAUGUUUGGGGCAACACGUAGCCUACGUUUGACCAAUCGCAGCGGUGAUGGUAAUAACUUUGGGGCGGGUUCUUUAAAGCCGAAAAGCUAGUUGCAUCAGGUUGUGUCGUGGGGGAGAAACGUUGAUGAUGAGGAGGAUGCCAGAGGUGCUACUACAGUCAGAAAGCAUGAAAGGCAGAGACUAUUUCCUGGGAGACAGAAAAUUCAGCCUGACCCAGAUACCAACCUGUAGCCUAGUUAGCAGCCUAGAGUAAAAAAAAGCCUACAUUUUGGGUUUGUAUAUUCAGUGCUUCCAUUAGGCAAGUCGUUUAAUAUGUAUCAAUGUUUAUUUAUGUCAACCAAAUACACCUGUAGAAGCGGAGUAGGCAUAACAACAUCGGCACAACUUCACCUACUUCCAAGGUGCAUGGAGAAGGGAGAAAAGUCUGAAGAGUCCGUUCUGUAGGCAACCACCAAAGGAAUCUGGAGCAGAGGGAUGUCACCUGGCAGUCUCUUCCUGGGCACCCGGGCAGCAGCUGUCGGAAUACACUCGGCUUUGUGUUUUUAUACGAGAGAAAAGAACAGAGUGACUGCCACAUAUGAAGAGCGGGAAUCAAAGGAAGCCGUGGAAUGCAUCGGGAUAUGCUGUUUCAAACAGCUACCUCAGGAGGGAGCUGCAACUGCUCAGGAUUCGGCUCUAAUUUCAGUCACAGCUAUCGACUACAGACUCCGUCACCUGUCACCUUCUCGACCUGCUCCUGUUUGUCCGUACCACCCUGUUCCCUGUCAGCACUCCCGACACAUAAUUACCCUUCCUGUGAUCUGCCCGAUGUGUCCUUUCACGACAGGAGGGUCAGACUUUGACAAGCUGCUGGACGACUUCCUCCAGCUGCAUGCCAAGGUCUUUGACCUUAUCAUCCACCUCACUGGUUCCGGAAGAAUCCUUUCCGCCCCCCUGUGGCUACCAAAGCCCCGACCGAUAUGCAGAGCACAGCAGCAGACCAUCUCCAGCCUCAGACUAACAGCCAAGCGCCACAACCAGUUAGAAGUGAUCCCAGAAGAGCGCCCAAGUGGCUCAAACUGCCAGCCAUCGCAGAAGAUCCAACAGUCAUGGAUAUGGGUGGAUUAUGAUCACUUGUCAUAGACGGAACCCUAGUUUUGGCCCCGAGAAGAAAGUGGCUUUGAGAUGAUGGAAAGUUGGAGAGAUGGGAGAAGCUGUGUCAUUCUAACAGAAAAAAACAACCACAGCCUAGUGAGUCAGGAAUUAUGAAGCAAAAUCUGAUAUAAUCCUAACAGACCCUCACAGGGACUCUCAAGACCGAUGCAGACGACUCCACCCCAGACGUCACCCUAAACCACAGUUACUGUUAGACACAGCCUUAUCAGUCUCAGGUACAGACUCACAGCCAAAAAAAAUUGACCAGGUAUUCUCCAAAUUUAUACAUGCCUUUAGUUUUAUUUGCUCAUAAAGGAUCAUCCUGGCAAUUACUGGGGCUUCCAUAAAAUCAGUAUUGAUAUUGAUGGCUACAAUCAGGCAGAUAUCUUCAAGUGAUGAGGGCCUUGUCCCAUGAGCAGCGCUGUCCAAAGACCAGCCAGAAGGCUGGAGACAGAUCAGUCUGUUCCUCCUGGGAAAAGCUUCUCACUCCAGAGCUUCUCCAAAGCGUCUCGACUGGCUGUCGACACUCCCUGCCUUUAAUGUAUGAUCAAGAAAAGCUUUAACUCAUUACUCUCUUCAAUGCCCCUCCCCAUUCUUGUCCUAACUGCUUUCAAAUGUUUAAUAAUACUGCCUUCAGAUGUAAUUUGUUCCACUAAGAUGCAUACAGAGAAAAGUUGUACAGUAGCGCACUACUUCAGGACAGACCUUCCAACAACUCAUUGUGGAAAAGAAGAGAGAGAUGAGAGAUCCAGCAGUCAUUUUUAUUUAAUCUGCAAGGGUUGACAGCUGGAGAUCCAUUUCAUUGCUAAUAAACCUCCAGAAAGGCUACAGUAUACAAAAAUACACCUUUUACAAAUUUGUUUCUUACCGUGGUAAUAAGUAAGGAUGUAUUCUACUCUUUUAGCAAGAUUAUUUGGUGUCAUAUCUGGUAAUAAAAAUCAUCUCAUCUGAGUGAGCAGGUUGUCAAAGCAGUGGAUCUGCAGUUUACUACGCAGAACUAGGGGGCAGGACUUGCUGUGAAUGACAAAGUAAUUUUUUGGCAAUAAUGGUCAUGGCAUCAUUAAAAUAACCAUCCACCAACCCAAACACACCUUCUCCUGAAGGCCUGCUGUGGAAGUUUCUCCUGGGAAACACAAAUCCAGUCUGGGCCCUACUGAAAAUGUGCUGCACCUAUCGGAGCCUGGACUCUUGACUUUAGCCUAAGUUGCUUCCAGCUCUAUGUGAGCAACAAUUGUAAGUGUAGUGAGUCACUCAUGAGCCAAACAAAUAAAUUGUGUAAGGUGUUGCAAAGCCAUGCUGACUCAUGGUGAAGACAUGUUGGUCAAAUACACCACUGGUGGAAAACCAUCUGAGGCACUUGGGUUAGAAAACCCCACAUUACCCUCUCCCUUGUGGGCCCAACUUCCUCCUCUGCUGUGAUGAAAGGAGAGAAAGCACCUCAACUACUCGCCUCUUUUGUUUAUUUACCUUCAGAAUUACACCCUGCUCUUCUUGGACCAUGUUCCAAUGUGUUUUGUUAUGGUCCCUUUCAAACAGAAUAUCUAUGCGUGUGGUCUCUGGCCUUGUUUGGCUAACACGUGCACACAUUCGUGCACGCACACUCCCAUUCAACUUUCCCCCUGUGCCAGAGGUCCCCUUUGCCCUUCCCCCCACCCCUAACUAAACAUCGCAGGACAGCAAGAGGGAACUUCAAAGUGGCCAGAGGGGUUACUCCUUUUUUCCUGGCACUUGUCAUCAUCUAAGGGACUGGCUGCUCCCCUUAUUACUCUAAUUGCUUCCAACUGCUCCAGGAGGCUUUGAUGAAGGGCACUAUGGAGCAUGCUGGAAGCACCUGUUGUUGCACGGAGGAGCACAGGUGGGCCUUAUUGGUGGUGGCAUGGAGGUGUGUGGACAGCACCGCUGCUUUCUACUUUAAAAAAAUCACACAACUCAUAUACAUACAGAAUGAGAAUCUUAAUGUAAUCUCACAUUUUAGUGAUUAUGAAAUUGCAGUUAUACAGAAAAAAUUAAACAUGUUGGAAUUGAUGUUGUAGGAUUAAAGCAGGAAUGUGCAGGCAACACUCUGGCUCCAUCUUGUGGCAUCACUGUGCUAGAAGUCCAGCAGCUGCAUAGGAAAAGAAAUUGAAAAACUGUGAGAUUUAAAUUGGAAAUGGAACUUUUGUGCAUUGAUGAUGUCUUAUGUCCAAUUUGCUUUCAUAUGUUUGUCCAGCAUUUUAUAUAUAACAAAACAAACUACUAGCAGUUUAAGCCGGUCCAGCGUGGGGUUUCAGAAAAAUGGAUUUGACGCCUGUAGGCA